AACGCGGGUGACUUCUUCAACUGCCAAACAUUGUUGUUCAGAGUUCAGCCAGCGAAGAUGUUCAAAGUUGUGUUUGUUUUGUGUGGACUGAUGGCUGCCCUGAUCCAGGCUCGUCCCAGUUAUUUGCCCAGCUACGAGCACGUGGAAUAUGCUCCCAGUGUGGUGGGCUAUGAGAGUUACGCCCUGCCCGCCGCCGUUUCCCACCAGAGCUCCACGGUGGUGCACGAGAAGCGUCCCUACUGGCGCCCCAUUGUGGAUCACACUCCGCUCCUGAAGACCGCCUAUGCUCCUGCCACCUCGAUCUCCUACGCCCCACUGAGCUACGCCGGCAGCAGUGCGGGCUGGUACGAGCCAGAAGUCUGGGGAGGAGCUAGCUAUCCCAGCAUUUACCUGAAGUAGAGGAGUACUCAAAGGAAUAUUCCCCUCAAUAAAUCUCAUGCUGCACCAAUGCUAAAUUUUUAACCACUAAAUUUUCACCAAAAUUGUAAUAAAUAAAAGUCAAAACAAAACUA